CACAAUGGUGUCUGGGGAACAAUAUGCAAUAWCAGAUGGUCCAGGGCUAACACAGACAUAGCAUGUAAACAGCUUGGCUACCAGUUUGCAGUGAUGUCCAAGCACUUAGGACAAGGACCUGAUCCAAUUUGGCUAAGCUAUGUUAAAUGUAACGGCGACGAAAUUUCACUGGGCCAGUGCCAACACAGAGGAUGGGGAACUCAUUACUGUGAUCACAGGAACGAUGUCGGUAUCGUUUGUAAGAGAGGACCAGCGCCAUUGAGGUUACUGGGUAGGGCAUCUUCGCAGUCGUCAGUGCAGGGUAUUUUGCAGAUUUACUACAAUGGUGUGUGGGGAACAAUAUGCAAUAACACAUGGUCCAGGGCUAACACAGACAUAGCAUGUAAACAGCUUGGUUACCAGUUUKCAGUGAUGUCCAAGCACUUAGGACAAGGAMCUGGUCCAAUUUGGCUUGAUGAUGUUAAAUGUAACGGCGAUGAGMCUUCAAUAGACAAGUGYCCUCACAGAGRAUGGGGUCCUCAUGACUGCGACCACAUGCAAGAUGUCGGUAUUGUGUGUAGUACAAUUUUCAAGAUGGAAGGCGAGAUUAAUGCGAACUGGUAUAAGGAGGUCGCAGAAAGCUAUACCGAAGAAGGGGAAAUCAAGUACGAAUCGUUCGCAGUGAUAUGUAAUUGA